AGUCUCGUUGUCAAUGUCAAUGCCAACCUUCAGUUGUCACUUGUCACAACAUAACCUCUAAAAAAUACAUUUUCAUCCAGUUUUUUAAACUUAAACAAUCAAUGCAAGAAAAUCCUCGACCAAUUUCGAAUGUUAUUAUUGUAGUCGAAAUAUCCCAUACUCGAUUUUCUUCAGAAGCAUAUCCCAAAUAUGGCAAAGCAUCAUCCGGAUCUGAUCUUCUGCCGAAAACAGCCAGGCGUUGCCAUUGGACGUCUUUGCGAGAAAUGUGACGGAAAAUGUGUGAUCUGUGACUCCUAUGUGCGACCCUGCACCCUAGUCCGGAUAUGUGAUGAAUGCAACUAUGGGUCGUACCAAGGUAGGUGCGUUAUUUGCGGCGGACCCGGCGUAUCCGAUGCUUACUACUGUAAAGAAUGUACGAUACAGGAGAAAGACAGGGAUGGAUGUCCCAAGAUCGUAAACCUGGGAAGCUCCAAGACUGACCUGUUUUAUGAACGGAAAAAAUAUGGUUUCAAGAAGAGAUAG